AUAUCCCAAAAUAUGAUAUUAGAAAAAAAGGCCAGGCUAUUAUCAUAAAUAACCACACAUUCCACAAUACAAAGCACAAUAGAUAUGGCACAGAAAUUGACGGCAAGAAGUUGGAGCAAUUAUUUCAAAGAAAGGGAUUCAAAGUACAUGUGUUCAAUGACCUGACUGGCCAUCAAAUGUAUGGUGCAAUUCGAGACAUAAGUAGUCAAGACCACAGCAAAGCAGAUUGUAUCAUAGUGUGUAUUCUAUCACAUGGUGAAGAAGGCGUAGUGUGUGGGGUUGAUGGGAACCGUGUCAUUGUAAAGGAUCUCACCAGUCAUUUCAAUGCAAUUGCAUGUCCAAGUCUAAUGGGAAAACCUAAAUUAUUUUUCAUUCAGGCAUGUCAGGGGUCAUACAAAAUGGCAGCAGUUGCUGAUGCUCAAUAUGAUGCAGUGACUGAUGCUAAAUCUAGCAUUACAGCCAAUGAGGCUGAUUUUUGUAUCGGGUAUUCCACUACACCGGGGCAUGUGUCAUGGAGAACUAAAACUGAGGGGUCUUGGUAUAUCAGUAUCUUAGUUGAAAAUAUUGAAAAAUAUUCAGAAAGAGAAGAUCUUCAGUCGAUUUUAUCUCGUGUCAAUAACCAGGUUCAAAAGAAGUUAUUCCAACCAGGUAGAAGAGAUGGUUCAUUUGUUCCUGGAUUUGUUACUCAGUGUACCGCAUUCCACAGUACAUUGG